AGCCCUGGUCCAAAUGUUUUUAUUUACAAUUUACUUCAGUCGCUUUUAAGUCAAGUUAGUUUAAAAAACAUGCAUUCCAAGCGAAAUAACCAGUGCUUACUGCUUACCUUGGUUUUGGGGCUCCUGGGAGGAGCGGGCCAUUGUUAUGUAGUCGAACCACCUAUUGUUCACGUAGAAAUGGACAAAGCCGGCAUGCACAGGACCCUUAACUACCGUAUGCGGUUCGACAUUCCCCUCGUGGGCAAGGACUGCGAGUAUGUGCUGCUCCAGGAUUUGCCCGCAUCCGUUUACAUAAGCACUGACGAACUGGAUGACCUGCAGCGUUUGAAGAGGUUAAAUGCCAUCUACCCCAAGUUCGUCAACAUUGAAGUGGCCACGGAACGGGCGCAUCCCUUCUCCGUUUUACUGCGCGGUACACCAAAGAUUACGGAAUCGCUGGCUCUGCCUUUGCAUUUUCGCUACCAUGCCCCCAGUGAUAAGCGAUCGGCGGCCACGGUGGCCAUACCCCUACCCGAGCUCUAUCUCAACUGCCCGAUGGCUGAUAGUGCGCUCAUCGAGAACGAGUUGGUUGCCCGACCCGAUAAGCUCUACUGCCUGAAUGCGCCGGAAAGCCGUUUCGACGAGAACCACGUCAAGGAUGGCCAGCCGGCGACCAUGGCUAAUCUGCAGCGCUGCAACUGGAGGCGGGUGCACGUGGACUGCCAGCUGAAGAUGCCGCUGCGUGCCGAGAUUCCGGUAGGCCAGACUAGCGCUUACGGUCCGGUUCUGUGCGGCACCAUCCUGCUGGGUUGGUCCCUGGCCCUGUGGACCAUUAUCCACUCGAUGGCCAACACACGACGCAUCAAUCAGCGCCUAAACGAGCAGCGACUUCUGCAGCAAAAGGUCAAGUAACAGGCGACGAAGUCGGUGCGAUUCAAGGUCAGAGAUGGCUAAUUAAACAAUACAUUCUGGC